CUUAGCUUCCUCCCAUCUUUCACAUCUUUUUAAAUCCACGUCGCUGCGGCUCCACUCGCCCGACAGACGAACAACCGUUACACUCGUUUAACACCCCCACGCUCGUUUCAAAGGUACAGAUUUGUUCUUCGUUAGCGCCCGACGAGAAGACGCUUCCUUAGCCUGUGCAAAAUCGAUCAAUCCCGGUGCAACUACUACAUAGCCAAAUCAGCCUAUGCAUUCCCGUGCUCUCCGUGCCCACCGUUUGCCCCAGCGCCUUGAUUAUAAUCUGAUCCCGGCCCCAAUUGAUAUUUCCCUUACACAAGUGACUGAAAAGUCACCCUUGCCGGCUAUCAUCGUCACGCCAUCUUCUCCGUCCGUCGGCACACCCGAAUUCUACAUUGCAUUCUUAGACUCUCCCAAACCUUCUUUGCGCGAGCGCAUCUUGCAGUAUUCGCUUUUCCAGCCGUCCACGCUCCCGACCAAGGCCAAGACGGUGAUCGUCUUGAUACUGCUCCUGUUCAUCCUUAUUUCCCACUUGUCCUUCCACCUCGCAGGCGCCCAUCGCCCGCACUUUACGUUUUACAAGUCGUCGUCGUCGGACCUGUUUUCUUCUUCGUUCCGACAGGACGCGCAUGCAUCGUCGGAUGGCUCGCCCUGGGGUCUCACGUCCUUCGAUUUCCAAUCCCUCUGGGAUAUCUCUUCUGUGCAUGAGGGAGCGAGGGAUUUCAUAGUCGAGGAUAUAUCCCACGCCAUUCAUCGUUGACUGCGCUGAGCUGACGAGUGGCCACGGUGUCUAGUUACAAUACUUCUUCGGUACACCUCUAUAUGCAGAGACCCCAGUUGGACUGAAACUCUGUAUAGACUCACUCGUAUUCGUUAUAUCGCUAGCGAAACAAUCUUUUUUUGUCAUACUACAUAAGACCAGAUAUAUGUUUUUACUAGGUGUUGUUACCAUUGAACACUUAUUUAUAUUUUUCUCGACGCUGGGUAUAUUCUUCAGACUUUCUACCUGCACAUAAUGGGAUCAAAAUCCUUGUUCCUGUCCCUGGACAGCUCCUCCUGAAGUUUUUGUACGCCCUGGGUCGACAACUUGGUUGGAAUCCCGUUGUCAGCGAUGAUUCUGGCAGUGUAAGAAUGUACAGCUCCGUCAACAGUGCUUGGCGAAGUUGGUUGAUUGUUGUGAUGGGCCAGCGUGAGAG